CUCGUCGCCGACACCUCGUCGCCCACGCCCACACCUCGUCGCCCACACCUCGUCGCCCACACCUCGUCGCCGACACCUCACCACGGCGGCUCGACCUCCCCUCCACCCGCACCUCCGGAGUCAAAUAACCCCAGCGUCUUCUCUAGGCUGCUUCUUGAGGCCUGGUCCUUUGCGUCUUGCUUGAUCACCGCCGCAGCCCCCGAACAUGCUGCUCCCGAGGCUGAUAGCGGCAGCGGCCGUUCAAGUCCUCGGCCGGGACCACGGCGACGACGACUCGAGCGACGACUGUGUGAAGGCCACACCGGGCUACAAUGGCAAUGUGCCCGUCGACGCCUGCAACUCCUACUACAACUACGAUCCGCAAGUUGCGCCGGCUGUCGCCACGGCCGUCAUAUUUGCCAUCUUCACCGGCAUCCAUCUUUUCGAGGCCUUUUUCUUCAAGAAGCGAUACACAUGGGUCCUGAUCAUGGGCAGCCUGUGGGAGACGCUGGCCUUCGUCAUCCACACGCUCGGGGCCAAGGACCAGCAGCAGGUCGGCUACUCGACGGCGUGGAACAUCCUGUUCCUGCUGGCGCCGCUGUGGAUCAACGCCUUCGCCUACAUGACUUUUGCGCGCGUCGUGCACUUCUGGCUGCCCCGGGGGCGCGUGGGGGGGCUGCGGGCCAACACGAUUGCGCGGUGGUUCGUGCUGGCCGACGUCGCCAGCUUCCUGAUCCAGGCCACGGGCGGCAUCAUGGCGAGCCCGAGCGCCAGCCCCGACGUCAUCAAGACGGGCAUCGACAUCUACAUGGUCGGCAUGGGCAUCCAGCAGUUCUUCAUCCUGGUGUUUGUGGCCCUGAUGGUCAUGUUCCACCGCCGCUGCAACGCCGCGGGCAUCGACGGGAGGGCCGUCAUGGCGCAGUUCUCCGCCGACGGCACCCAGAAGCCCAGCUGGCGCCCGCUGAUGUAUGCACUCUACGGCGUGCUGGUUGCUAUAACAGUCCGUAUUAUCUUCCGUAUCGCCGAAUUCGCCCGCGGCCUUAAGCCCGAGAACCCGAUACCAUUCCACGAGGAGUACACGUACGCGCUCGACUGCUUUCCUAUGAUGGUGGCGCUGCUCAUCCUCGCCGUGUUCCACCCGGGCCGCUACCUCGUCGGCCCGGAAAGCGAGUUCCCCCGCCUGUCGAGAAAGGAGAAGAAUGCUGCAAAGCAGGAGAAGAAGGCUGCAAAGCAGGAGAAGAAGGCUGCGAAGCAGGAGAAGAAGGAGGCCAAGCGGUUCGCAAAGGAGCAGGGCACGGGAUACAAGAAUGUAGCCCAGGAGAGCGACCAGGUUUAGGAGACUGGGUUAUACUUUUAGUCGCGCGUGCACGGUUUAUCAGAAGAGAUUGCGGCAUUUGGGCAGAGUUUCAGGGUCUUUGCCGCUUGGCAUUGAGGUUAGGCCCCGGCGGUUGUUCACAUACAAGAGGCAUUGCAAACGGGUUAAUAGACAUCUUAGAAC